UAAAAAUUUCAUCAAAAAACUCCACCGGGAACCGCCCCAAACGGCGGCGGCCGGACGGAAGAUCCUGUCCCUCCGGCUGGACAGGAUCAUUCCUCUAUAUAUAUAUAUAUAUAUAUAUAUGGGAAAAUCUUCCAGUAAGGUAUACCUUACCGGAGCCUCCAUGUAACAUGUUGCUGGUUCGUGGACUAAUUGAGGAAGCGCUUAGGCCGGUGUGGGCGCGGCUUAAGGCACUUGAGGCCUCAAGGGUAGACCUGGUGAACGAACUGGAGGCACGCUCUGCCGAGAACGAAUCCACGAAGUCGGAACUUGUGAUUUUGAAGAGGGCUCUUGCAGCGGGACCGGAUCCAAGCGUUGAAGUAGGCAGUGGCGGAACCAGAACAAUUUUUGAGCCGGUGCUGAAAUAUAUAGAAAAAAAUUUUGUGCAUGAGAAAGUAUACCCUCCAACUUUAUUUUGAAGAAAUAAAAUACAUAAUUUUUAUACUAUAGGAGACUAGAAAGUUCAGCCAAAAAAAUACAUAAUUUUUAAAUUUGUAACAUAUACUAGUAUAUACCAUUUGACUUUAUAUAAGAAAACGUAUAUAUCCUUUAACCAUUUAGAAAAAAUUGUACUACCUCCGUCUCAUUAAUAAAGUG